AUGGCAGACAAUAUCGAUUUGGAGUUGAGUUUACAAACAAAUCACUCUAUGAUCAUAAACAAAAGACUAACCCAAUCUGAUGUCGAUUAUAAUAAUAGGCUUCAUCUACCAAAAAGAGAGUUUGAACAAUUUAUACUUCCGGAAAUGGAAUGGGAAUUAGUCAUGAAUUUGAGAAACAGUGUCGAAGUGAUAGUUAAAGAUGUGAAUGGGAAUGAAUACCAUGUAACGCUAGUAAAAUACCAAAAUGGUCAUUAUUAUUUCAUGGGAAAAUGGAUGGAUAUCGUGAGAGCAAAAGGUUACAAAAGGGACGAUGAAAUUUCACUUUUGUGGGAUAAGAGUAAUGAAGUUUUCUAUAUUAUUUAA